AUGUUAAAGGCAUCACCCCACGAAUCUGAGGUGGUGCAGAUUUCAGGUGGAGUAUUCGUAUACGGGAUGGGAGACUACGGAGAGGGGGUAUUCACACACAUCACCGGAGAAUGUGCAACGCUCGAAAGUGGAAGUCAGAGGGAACGGCGAAGAGCUUCUGGUUCGUCGCUUGUUGAGGAUCUGUGCUCCUUUAAUACGGACUGUCAACGAGGGAUGUUCUGUGAUGGAAGGACUUGCCAGUGCUUGUCUGAUUUCGUGUCAAUUGAAAUGCAUUGCUGGCCGAAAAUAAAUCCGGGAGAGUUCGGUUGCGUAAAUGUCAGACAGUGUGAAGCAGUAUGGCCUGACACUUCCUGUUCUUCUGCAGGAGUUUGCGAAUGCCCACUUGCUACAGUACCAAGCAGAACAAGGGAUGGAACCGUAUGUAUCUCUUCCUUGAUUCCGCCGUCGUGUCCUUUGCCUGAACCCCAUGAUGAGACUCCUAACCCUGGUACUGUGCUGGCUAAUCCCAGUUCUCAUCCUUUAAACUCCAAGAACUACAUGCCAAUUCUAUGCACAACAACGUCCACAGAGACACAAAAAUCGAAUGGAGGAGAUGGAUCGACGUGGUGUGUGUAUCCAGAUGGUGAUCGAGACAUCUUUAUUGCAGAUAUUUAUGACUGCAUAGCACAUCCACAGAUAAAAAGUGAGCUCUUUCCUGAAUACCACGCGUCGGUCGAUGGUAUUUGUUGCCCAAGCAGAGCAUUUGUGUGUGCUCAGCCCAUGGAAUCCGGCGAUGACCCACACGUUCCAAGAUGGUGGUUUAACGCAGCUACUGGCACAUGUACUCAAUUCAUGUGGGACCCCAACAAUGUUGAGGGAGUUUCGCCCAAUAAUUUUAGGACAGUAGAACACUGCGAAAGCUACUGCAGAGAUAGUUGUAAUCGCGGUGCUAUCGAGUUCGUCCAUUCCACCUCUGCAGUUUAUGAAGAAACUCCGAGGUCAGGUUGCUUAUCCUCGAGAUCGACUUGUAGCCAAAACAAUGAGUGCGUUCUUAUUGGAUCGUUACAAAUCUGUUGUCCUACCAGAGAGUAUAUCUGCAGCGCCAGCGGUGGUCGAGCGUAUUCUACAAAACAGGUGACGAACUUCGAUCAAGGUGUCAGUAUUGCUGGAAGUGGUCCUACGACGCGCUACUACUACGACGUCGACAAAGGAAGGUGUGUCAGUUUCGUCUACUAUGGGCUUGGUAACUUCAACAAUUUCAACACAAAACAAGAAUGUGAAGCUUUCUGUUCAAAACUUGUGUGUCCCAAUGGGACGCCGCUUCGCUUAGGAGAAGAAUGGCAGCGAUGCGAGACAUCACUCGAUUGUCCAUCAUCGCACUCUUGUAGCAGCACUCAUCGUGUGUGCUGUGCCUCUUCCCAGUUUAUCUGCACUCAACCGAAACGCGUAGGGGAGUGCACUUCAUCGAUACGUCGUUACUGGUACAGUACUACCUCCCGACAGUGCGAAAUGUUCUACUACACUGGAUGCCAAGGGAACGACAACAAUUUUAACUCACUAAUCCUCUGUCAGCAAACGUGCAAAGGAGUAACAGAAGAGCCCAAGUGUCAUCAUGGCCACGCUUAUCGUAACCGAGAAGGCCAAUUCCUCCACUGUUCACUGAAGAAGAAAUGUCCAUCAAAUUAUGUUUGCUCAUACGACGGCGCGAAUCACGGAUGCUGCCCAACCAAAGCGUACACCUGCUCGCUGGGCGCCGACAGAGGAGUGAAGUGCGGGAACGGCCGAUCUUUCCGCUACUACUUCAACGUUGCCACGCAAUCCUGUGAGACUUUCCAGUACGAAGGAUGUGAUGGAAAUAGCAACAACUUCCUAAGUGCUCGAGAUUGCCAACGAUAUUGUGGAGUGGGAGGAUGCCCGAACGGUGCCGAACCAUUAAAGGAGGGGAGGUCAAGCAGACAAGUUGACUGCACUACUUUGGAUAGCUGUCCGCCUACACACGAAUGCGUAGAAGUGCCCGUAAACGGCAAUGUUGUGCACAGAUGUUGUCCAACGAAAGUGUAUAUGUGCAGCCAAGCUCCACAACCAGGAAGCCAGUGCUCAACAGUCUCGACGACACGCUACUACUUUAAUCUUGUUACAAGACAGUGCGAAUCAUUCCAGUACAAUGGAUGCAGCGGAAACCAUAACAAUUUCGCGAACAAGGAGCAGUGCAUUAAUUUUUGUGCGAGUUCAGGAUGCGAUCCAGGUGAAAUCGUCCUUAAGGAGCCAGGAACGUUGCAUCCGCUCUACUGCACUAACAACACGAGAAACAGUUGUCCUGGCACAUCGCAAUGUCGGUUCAACGCUCUCGUAGCGUCGUCUGUUUGUUGCGGAUUUAAAACUGCUAAUGAGUGUCCCAAAGAUGAGCAACCUUAUAUGAAUCCACUUGAUGAGAGCGUUCGAGAAUGUGCCAUGAACGUUCCUGGCACAUGCCCUGCACAUUUCCUCUGUAGAUUCAACGGCAAGAAAAACAGAUACUACUGCUGCGCGCCUUCGGCUGAAAAUUUAUGCCCGGAGGGAAGAGCUUUGUACCGAUCAAAGAAAACAUCAUUACCUCUUCGAUGUUUCAUUAACUCUCCUAACGUGUGCUCAAAUGGUUUUUCGUGUCAGUCCAGGACUAAAGAAGUUACUCAGGGAUUUUGCUGUUCCAAAAAGAGUGUAUGCAGAGAUGAUGCAAAAUUUCUUCUUGACGAAAAGACGAAAAUGCCAAUGAUUUGCACGUCUGGAUCUUUCAGCUAUUGUCCCAUGGGAUACCGCUGUCAAAUGCUUAAGCUUCACUCAAGCACCGGAUUUUGUUGCAAAGUUAGCAGCGUCCAAAGGACAGAGGGCUGCCCUCCGGGUGAACAUGUGCUAACGAAGAUUGGGGAAAUAGUUGCCUGUGACCCUUUUAAUGGAAGUGAUGGGAGAUGUCCUCCUACGUAUUCAUGUCAAUAUGCGAUUCUUUUAGAACGAUAUCAGUGCUGCGGAGGACAAUCAUCCGUGGAAGAGGAAACGAUGAGAGAAGAAGGAUAUGGCUGUCCUCCCUCGCAAGUCGCAUUUCUCUUGAACAAUGAAAUAGUACUGUGCACAUCCUCAGAGAAUAAGUGUCCACUUGGAUAUUUUUGCCAAUUUUCUGCCAAAAACAAACGGUAUCAAUGCUGUGGGCAGAGAUCAGGCUGCCCCGGGAGUUCUAUGGCUUUCCUGGAUCUGCCCGGAGAAGCCAAAAGAUGUUUACAAGGGAUGAAGAUGUGCCCAACAGGAUACUCGUGUCAGAUGACUAAACGAGGGAACUUUUUAUGUUGCUCCGAUAUGGCGGUGAAGGACAGUUUUCGAAUUAAUGUCACAGUUACCUCGGAUGUGAGUACACUAACAAAAGCUCUGCCUAAGCAGACAUCAACUGUCUCUGCAGGACCUUUACAGGACAGGGAAACGCAGAACUAUUCGAGAAUUGUUUGCGAACCGAAUGCGCACCCAAUCAAUACAGAGUGUAGGUUGCGAGGUUCCGUCGGAGCAAUUUGCUUUGUGAAUUCACAGUGCUACAACGACACGAAGUGUGUGAACUCUGUUUGCACGCAUCAAGAUAGAACUAGACACCUGCACCAAGAAAAAAGGCUGAAUGAACAAGAAAAGGUGAACAACACAAGUAUAGGAACUGAGACGAUACGUGGACGUUGUAGUGAAAAUACGCAAUGUAACAGUGAGACCAUAUGUCGCUCGAGAUGUCGUUGUGUGGCCGGAACUAUUUAUUACAAAAACAGGUGCCUAGCAAACCUUUGCGGGGCACAAUGGGAACCAGUGACAGACACUGAUCAUGGCGUGAUAGAAUGCAUUGGUGGUGUUAUGUGUCCGCGCGGGUCAUCCUGUAAAUUCUCCACCACUAUCUCCUCAUAUCUAUGUUGUCGACCAAACCGAACAGCAGCAGUAAAUCAGUCAGGACUUCUCACACAGCCUAGAGUUGUUGGAACCAGAAAUGAAGUCACUAGCAAAGUGUCCAAAUGGACAGAAGCAAAUGUUGUUCCAUUCGCUGCAGCAACCCCUGAUUUGCGAUAUUACUCACCGCUGUCCGACUGGAUUUUUUUGUGUGGCCCGCAUGUGUUGUCCCUUUGCGGGGCUAGAACGAUCUCGCCUCGUUCCAUUCUCGCUCCCAGUGAGGAUCGAUAA